ACUCCGAACGAUAUAAAAUAGGGUUCUGCCAUGCGCAUGCCGCGAACGUUUCCUUGGGACCAAUGACGUCAUGUCAACGCUCAUUUGCAUAAUUGAUUGACUGAACUUCGUCGAAAAAAUAUCUUCUGACAUUUUCCUGAAGAUGACAGAGAAGUUUCUCCAAGUUAUGUGUUCUUCUUGUGCUUGAAAAAAUGAUGAUAACUUAUAGCCUGAUGUCAUAGCUUCAUAUUCAAUAAUUUCCAGCGGAAAAGAUGCUGCUUUACGUCGAGAGCAGUGCUUUUGUGGUGCACACAUUUGUGUUGCAAUGUAGAGCACGUGACACCCUGGCCCGUAUUAGAGCCAAGCUUCUCCACAUCCUUUAUGUGAUGGGACGUGAGGAUCAUCAGUUCAGAUUUCGAUUCAAAGGACAGUAUCUAAGAGAUGCUUACACGUUGGAUGAUUACCUUAUUGGAGACCGAUGUAUCCUGAAGAUGGUUCCAAUGGCUAAGAGGCAAGAGUCAUUUGUUGAUAUGAGAAGCAAAGGAAGACACGAUUUAGGAGCUGGACAAACAGAAGAGAUCAAAACUAGUCUUAUUCAUGAGGUUGCUAUGCUUAAGUGGAGAGAGACAAUGCUCGGUGAUUUCAGGGCUUCUGUCUACAUCAACUGGUUAUUUGUGCUGUUUGCAUUCUUUACAACUUAUUGGUAUUCUGGGUUAUGGACAGGAGUGAUAGCCCUCUAUGGAUUGCUUCAAUGUCCAUCAUUCUCUCAUAAGGCUGGAUUCGUUGGACCAUCAAGUCUCUGGCCCAGAUUCUUCCUAGCAAUCUUCAAUGUGCUGACCAUGUUAAACUGGGGAGCAUCUGUAGCAUUAGCUAUCCUCUCUCUUCUAUCUGUGCUGGACUUCAACUGCACACCAAUUGAUGAAGAUGAUGAUAGCUGCAGUAUCCAGUAUGUAAACCUGAUCUAUUCUCUAGUCUACUAUGGUCUUCAUGUGAUCUAUAUGUUUGGUAUCUGGUCAGCCGGUUGGUCUCUCUUCUAUAACUUUCGCUUUGAGAUUGGUGACUACUUAGAAAAUGAACUCAUUAUCAGUCGUGAUGUUGAGAAAGUCAUUGACAUUGCAAAAAAUGGAAGGUUGAAAGAACAGCGUCAGGCUGCAUUUGAAUUGGCAACAUUAGCAACAGCAGGAGAUGAUAGCAAGUUCAGGAUUGUAGCAGAAGGAGGAUUAGAGGUUUUGAUCACACUUGGAUUAUCAUCUGAUGAAGCUAUUCAGGAGUAUGCUACUGAAGCCUUGGCUGAACUUCUUGUUGUCCCAGCUAUUCAGGAUCAAUUUGUUGAGAGUGGUGGCAUACGAACCCUCACCACCUUAUUGCACUCACGGAACACUCGUUUGGUACAAGAAGCAAUCACUGCUCUAUCUUACAUUGUAUCAGACUCUGAAGAUAAUAAACAUGCUGUCAUUUCUGACCGUGGUUUAGAGGACUUGGCUCAUGCAGCUAAGACUGGAUCUGAUACAACCAGGAGAUAUGUGGCUGGAAUCUUUCUGGACUUGGCUUUUAGUUCUGAGAUUAGAAGCCAGAUGGCUAGCAUGAUCACACCAACUGGUGCUUUAGUAUCAUUGUGUACCAGUCAAGAUAAUGAGACUCUCAGACUUGCUCUUCAGACCUUAGAACUUGUAGCCAUAGAGAGCUCAGAUGUCAUUCUGGAACAGGAGGAUCUAUUACCCAAUUUAUUAAACAUCACAAGUAAUAGUUUGGAUUCUGGUAUCUACCUACUAGCAGGAAAGAUUCUACUCUACUUUGCUGAGAAUACUGAGUCAUGUGAUAAUCUGCUAUCUCAAGAGAGUUUAACCAACACACUAACUCAGUUUGUUGAAACUAAGGAUCCAACCUUACAGAAGGUUGUUACUAAGAUCAUCAUGUCUGCAACCGAAGAAAGAAAUCUGGCACUGAAAGCAAAGGACCUGCAGUUAGAUGAGCUCCUAGUCUUGAUGCGUGAGAGUAGCACAGACAGAGAUGCUUGGAACAUGGCUGAUCAAGGUAUAGCCAUCUUUCAGGAUCCUAGCUACCCUGACAACGUGAUUAACAGAACAGAAGAGGCUACUACAUCAUCAGAACACAGUGGUUCUACCAUGGAUCUAAGCAAAGUGCCUGCUCUGAAUUGGGCCAGUCCUGAUGAGAGGAAGGCUGCAAUGGCAUCUCCUACUCCCGGGUAUGGUGAGGGAGACAUGGCAAAGGCUGGGGCUAUGGGUGGGGUUGAUGAUAUGACCGCUUCUACAGGAUCACUGAGAGCUCGCUAUAAAGAUAAGAUGGGUUCUCUUUCAUCAUUUAAAAAGUAGGAAUCAAUUUUAUCGAGUAGAUUAAUAGCAUUUGUAUGCUGCCAUUGAUCUAUAAGAAACAUUCAAAGGUGCAAGGAACAAAUAUUUUUACACAGUCUAUGUUGCUGAGAACAAACAGGGCAGUAUAUGAAUGGUUGAAAUACACAAGCUAUAUAAAUGUUGCUUACUUUAACAACUGAUAUGUGAUGGCCCAAUAACAAAAUUAUGUGCCUUACCUUAGAGUUUUGAGAUUCAGAAAUAAAGUAUCUCCAUUUUUAUUUAUUUCUUCAUGAAAAGACUGCCAAGCAUCAUGUUUCAUGGAAUUUUCACAUGUUGGUCUUUACCCAACAGGUGUUCUCUAUUACCCAGAGUAGAAAUGUAUUUUAUGACCAUUACAGUAAUUGCUAUACUGUAUUUCCUCCAUUGUCUCAUGAAGUGAUCUGCAGAUCGGACAUAGCCUGCAUUGGGAUUGUCUGUAAUUAGAUGGGAGAGUAUAAUUAGCUAAGCCAUUAAGAAUAUAUUCAGAUAUUUUCAGUGGUUUUCAUGUCUUGUAUCAGCAAAUUACUGGAUCACCAUAAAAACAGAAUGAGCAACGUGUUUAAGAGGUUUUACCUGAAAAAAAAAAAAUAUAUAUAAACCAGAGGGCAAUACUAAUUCAGUUCAACCUCCAUUAUGGUGGUUCGUAAAAUUAUUUCAUUUGUCUGUUUUGUUGUUCCUAUGAAAAUUUUUAAUACUCUCAAAUUAUCAUGGACCCAACCAAUUAGUCUGUGAAAUGAAUUUAGUAUGAGGAUCAGACAUACAAAUACAAGACAGUUGAUAUGGCAUCCCCCCAUUGACUACUAGGAUAUAUGUGAUAUUUUAAAUGAAUGUGUAAAAUAACAAUAACAAAAGUAUCAAUAUAAAGUGGUUCUUAAAUUCUCUUUUUCAAGUAUUAUAUCUUCUGAGUGUUGUAAUAUAUUGUCAUGUGUUGAAAGAAACUUCAAAAACAUAUGUUCAUCAUUGAUAGGAAAAGCAUUGUAAAUUAUCUUUUGAAUCACAUGAUUUUCUUUCAAUGGACCUGGUAAAAAAAUUGAAAUAAUGUUCAUGUAUUGAUAAUUCAAUUCAUGAAUUUUACAUUAGGCUAAAAAUACUAGGAAUAUUUGUGAUUUAUUGUUUAUGUUUAUAGUAAAUGUGUGUGUGUGUGUCUAUAUGUCUUAAUAGGGAUUUGUACAUACCUUUAAAACAUUCAUAUUUAACAGUUAAAUCAGGUCUUUCAUCUCUGUUUGUUACAUGGCAAUGAAAAUCAUACAACUCUUUGUAUCAAUCAAUUGUACAUUACUAAUAUCUAGAUGUUUGGUAUUUGUGACCCUCACCUUCAAUUCAGAGGGUUGAGAGUUGCCAUAGCAUUUUUCCACAUCCUACUGCACUCAACCUGUCAAGAAUUCUUUGAAAGAUUUGAUGCACCUUAAUGAUGUCUGGUUGACAUCUUGAGUAGUCUGCAGUGUAGAUAGUACAAUAUGUAUUGAAUCAGAUAUUGUUGGUUUCAGAUUCAAUAAUAAAUUGAUAGGGGUAGGAAUUAAAAAAGGUAAUGAAAUGUGUGUAGAUUCAACUUUCUUCAUUUGUUUUUUCAGUGGCAAGAGUCACCAUCCGUUGGUGUACAAAUGUAUGCUCUCUCGGAACAAAAAAAAUUGUCAUUUAUUUAAUAUGUUCAUAUUUUCUGUAUAUUUCAAGCCUUAACUGAUCUACUAUCCGUCCAGUAAAUGUUUUGUAUUUAUAUCUUAUAGUUCUAUCUUCAAUUUGAAAAUCAUGCUGUAUAUAAUAUGAAUAAAUCUCUAUAAAUCAAA